GAGUGACCAUUCUGCUGUCGCUGACAGUUUUCCUGAACCUCGUGGCAGAAAGCAUGCCGACGACCUCGGACGCUGUCCCUCUAAUAGGAGUGACCAUCUUGUUAUCGCUGACCGUGUUCCUGAAUCUCGUCGCCGAGACCCUGCCCCAGGUCUCCGACGCUAUACCACUGUUAGGGACGUACUUCAACUGCAUCAUGUUCAUGGUGGCGAACAGCGUGAUUCUGACGGUGUUGGUGCUGAACUUCCAUCAUAGAACAUCUGAUAGAUACGAGAUGCGGAAGUGGAUAAAAACGUUGUUCCUGCGAUGGUUGCCGUGCCUGCUGCGCAUGAAACGUCCAGGGAAGGAUUUGAAAAAGAACAUUCUGGGGAGCAACCGAAGAAAGAGCAUGGAGCUGCAGGAGAAGAGCAGCAAGAGCUUGCUGGCGAAUGUUUUAAACAUCGACGAUGACAUCCGUCACAAGAAUAGCGCGGGGAAUCCUCCUUCCAGCUACAUAAGGUCGGCAUUCGGUACACCGAUAUCUACCGGAAGGCCAGCAACAGUCGAAGAUACGUCGGCGUCGUUGCCUCUGAGCGGGGUGCAGGAGGAAUUGCACAAGAUUCUCAAGGAAUUGCGAUUCAUCACGGAACGUAUGAGAAAAGCGGAUGAAAGCGACCAGGUCAUUAGCGAUUGGAAAUUCGCUGCUAUGGUGGUGGACAGGCUUUGCUUGUUCAUCUUCACGUUGUUCACGGUUCUGGCCACGAUAGUGAUACUGUGUCGUGCGCCGCACAUAAUUGUCCAAUAAAUAGAUUGCCCCGGUCA